AUGGCGAUCCGGCCAAACAGCCUGACCCUGCCACCAUACAUUUGGGCCAGUAUCCUAUGCUCGGCCAAUGGAUUAUUAUUCGGGAUGGAUACUGGUAUUAUCGGACCCGUGACCGACAUGACACUCUUCCGGGCAUCUUUCGGUGGUAGCCAAAAUUCGACAAUUCAUGGGCUCAUCGUCUCCUCGAUCCUGCUUCCCGCCGCUCUGUCGUCCAUCUUCGCCGGAUACGUCGCCGAUAAGCUCGGUCGACCCAAAGGCAUCGGCAUCGGGGUGUUCAUUUUUGGAGUCGGUGCCGCGAUUGAAGCCGGCGCAGUCAGUCUUGGGAUGUUUAUCGCGGGUCGAGUGAUUGAAGGAUUGGGCGAAGGGUUAUUCUUGGGGAACUUGGUGGUGUUGAUUUGCGAAAUCUCGCCCACCAGCACCAGAGGCCCAUUGACGACGGGUCCGCAAUUGGUCAUUACGUUGGGCCUCGUGAUCGGGUUUUUCACGUGCUACGGAACCCAGAGCCUGAAAUCCUCACUCUCAUGGCGAACGCCCUUUAUACUGUUGUCAUCCCUCUCGAUGGUUCUUUGCGCGGGAUCGCUUCUUUUUCUGCCCGAGUCUCCGCGGUGGCUUUCUCUGCAUGGUCGUCAUGCACAAGCCGCAGAAAUGUGGCACCGACUCGGAGUCAGCCAGGCCGAGCGUGAAAAGGCCGAGCAGGAACCAGAAAUCCCCGAGGAGGUACCUGCCCCGGUUGUUGUGGCGAGUUCUAAGGAGAGCAAAGUCACGGCAGUGGAGUGUUCCAAGCAGAAGAUUCGGAGAAAACUCCUGGAUGUUUUUUCCAGGGAUGUCCGAUCUCGGACGCUGCUUGCAGUGUUUCUCAUGGGGAUGCAGCAACUGAGCGGUAUUGAUGGUGUGCUAUACUAUGCCCCGCUGCUGUUUCAACAGGCUGGCCUUUCUUCUUCAGACGCCAGUUUCUUUGCUUCGGGUGUCUCCGCUCUUGUGAUCUUUGCCGUCACCAUCCCCGGAUUGAUUUACGCGGACCGGUGGGGACGCAGAACCAGCAUCGUUUACGGUGGUCUCGGACUGGGAAUCGUCAUGUUCCUAAUUGGAGGUCUGUAUGCCGGGAAUGCUGUCCACAGCUCUUCCGGCGCUGGUCGCUGGGUCGUCAUUGUCAGCAUCUAUAUUUUUGCCGUCAUUUUUUCCAUGACUUGGGCUAUUGCCGUGAAGGUUUACAGUGCCGAGAUUCAGCCUCAGAGAACUCGUGCGUCAGCCACUACUCUAUCACAUUCCAGUAACUGGGUUUGUAAUUUCUUGGUCGCCUUGACGACGCCUAUUUUGCUGGAUAGGAGUAGUUUUGGGGCCUACUUCUUGUGGGGCGGCUGUUCCAUUGCCACGGCUCUUGUGGGUGCUAUAUAUAUGCAUGAGACAAAGGGCCGAUCACUCGACGAAAUUGAACAUGCGUUCCGGGGCAAACCCAGCACAGAGGCUAUCUUUCACAGUUCGUCGCAAACAAUCCCUGGAUCUACGGCUUAA